AUGCCGCGCGUUCCAUACGUACCCGAAGACACUCCGGGACCCAUCGCGGACGAGAUCCGUGUUAGGCGGGGUGGAAGGGGUCUUUCUCCUUUGGAUACCAUGCUUCUUAAUGCGCCACCUAUCGCGGAGGGAUGGUCGAAGCUGCUUGGGGCGAUUCGGACAAAGAGUACGCUGGAGGACGACCUCAGGGAGAUCAUAAUCCUGCGAGUCGCCGCUCGGAACAAGGCGUCGUUCGAAUGGGUCCAGCACGAGCCGGUUGCUCGGGCGGCUGGCCUCACCACUGAACAGCUCGCUCGUGUCGGUGCUGUCACUGCGAGUAUCAGCGGGGAGGGGGAGGGCCAGCUAUCUUCCAUCCAAGCUGCAGCGCUGCAAUUGGCGGAUAGCAUGACGGUCAACGUGCAUUUUCAGGAUGCCGAGUUCGAUGCCCUUCGGCUCGCGUUCGUCGCGCAGGGAGACGAGGAGGCGGUCGUGAGCCGCAAGAUGGUUGAGGCGGUGGCAACCUGCGCGGCGUACAACAUGGUCAGCCGUUUCCUCGUUGCGCUUGAUGUGGACGACCGGGCCGAUGUGCCCUGCCCUGUACCGCCGCUGUAA